AUGGAUCGUCACUCCACUUCGAUCACCACUCCAAAUAGUGAGGCUAAUCCGGAAACUCUAGAUGCUAUCGGUGUUUCUACUCGCCGUUCAACUCGUGUGAUCCCCUCUACCACAAGCCAAGGGCCUCUUGAAACAAUCAUCAAGAUACAGACUCCAGAAUUUCAAGACAGAGCUGCUUUCUUCGAGUUUGUCCUCAGCACAAUCACCCAAAACCAAGGAACCGAAGCAAUUUUCUUCACAGGUGUCAAAACCGAAUGGGGACCCGCUGCGUUCCAUUUUCUCGAAAGCAAGAAGGAUUUCCUUCAUUUAAAGAAGACUUGGAACCCGAAUGAACACAUCCUGCAAUUAAAAAUGCCCACCGUGCCGCACAAUUCUGCAGCCACUUGGUUCGAGGAAACCAAGCAUGAAUGGGUUUUAGAUGGCCAGAUGACCAGAGCAGAGGCAAAGGCACUAAAGAGCUGUUCUGGCGGUGAUUUGUUGGACUUCUCACAAGGACCGUAUCGAACCGGGCAGAAGGGACCAGACUUCCUAAUAAUUCCAAAAAACAAAGAUGGCCUUCUUCGAAACUAUUAUGGGCAAGCAAUCUACAUGCCGACUUUAGCAAUGGAAUCAGGCUGGUUGGAAGGCUACGAAGAUCUAUUGCGAGACAUGAACAUGUUGCUCGUUGGUGGAAAUGAAGCGAUGCGGGUUGUCUUCCUUGUGGUGUGGUCCCGUCAGGUCGAGGGCGUCUAUUGUCGAGUGGAGAAGUGGACUAUAGAUCGCAAUGGAAUUCCUCGACAGGUACUACCAUCGCAGGUAGUCUUUCCUCGGCCAGAUCCUCCCACUGUAAAAACCUUCAGUGUCACAUUUGAUGAUUUGUUUGGAUGCAAUCUCAGACCCCAAUUCCCCAACAGAAACAAACGAGAUACGUUGACAUUUGAUGUCAACGUAUUCCGACGGGACUUCGCUGUGUCAGAUCUUGAAAUUACUGGUUACCAACCACUGUGA